GUCUGGAAUCGGAUGCAAACGUUACCAUUGGAUAAUGGAUGCAUACAUUUAUGUAGAUGGAGCCCAGACACAAAAUGCUAUUUCACUCAAAGUUGUUGAAUCGGAUGAUUUUGAACAAUAUAAUACUAGAUCUGUUUCAGAAGUUUUUGCAGAACAUUCCAAACAAUCCAAUGAAAUGCAAGAUCACUGUCUUAUCAGAAAAUCAGCAUUUAAUAGGGAAAAUUCAAAGCCAGCUAUCAUACCAUCAUCUGCUGUUCAUUUUUCAAAAACUGUCAGAAAUACAAGUGUAAUGAAGGAUAAAGGGCCACAUAAUGUAAGUGAAAACAGACAAAGACUUGAUGUUGCUAAUGGCAUACAACAGUUAAGGAAUGGAGUAGCAUCAGAACUGCUGGAUUACUCAAACAAAAAGAGGACAAAAAGUUGUACUUUUGCUGAAAGACACACAUUUUCCUCAAUAUCAUCUGCACAAAUAACAAGCUCAGACAGUAGCUUUGGAGAAGCCAGUAAUAGAUUAUUUACCAACGGAAGGAAUAUUCCCAUGAAUUUUAGUGAGAGAAGUACCCCAAGCACAAGUGACCUGAAUCCAAGUGGAGGUACAUCACAAACAAAUGAGAUGAACUGUAGAAGCAGUGCGGGUACAAGUGGAUACAACUGUGGAGCAGAUACCAGUUCUAGUGACUGGUCCAUAGGGUCCAUAGGGAAGACGAAAAGGUUGUACAUGUCAGAAACUCCUCUUCCAGGAGUGACCAGGACUCUGCAAGCAAAUUUUCCUUCAGGGUCCAGUAGCUUUAAGACACCUGUGAAUGUGAAAAGAAAGGGUACAAGCUCAUCAAGUAAAGGAAUGACAUCAUUUUUUAUGGGAAGUUCAUCCGGAAAAUCUAUUAGCUCCACCUCUAUGCUUGGAUCUGCUCGCCAUAGAUCAUGUGAGCCAAAGUCUACACCACACAGCAGGUCAGCUGCCAUCAACCCUAACUCAGCAAUCAUUGUGGCAAUUGUAGAGGGACGUGGCAUGGCAAGAGGAGAGAUAGGAAUGGCCAGCAUUGAUUUAAGGUCCCCAACACUUAAUUUAUCUCAGUUUUCAGACACACAGACAUAUGUACAGACUAUGACCAAGCUACACAGAUAUCAGCCUAUGGAGAUAAUAAUGCCCAGUACUGCCUUUGACAAUGGUGCCAUGACUAAGCUAUUCAAACUUGUGACACACCAAUUCCAGAAUUCUAAUAUUGCCACAGUCCAAAGAAAAUAUUUCAAUGAAACGAAAGGUUUACAAUGUGUGAAACAGCUUUGUGUUUCUGAUUUUAAUUCAGUUGUUAUGGAGCUAACAAACAAGUACUAUUGCUUGGCAGCGGUAGCUGCUCUUGUGAAGUAUGUGGAAUUUACUCAGAAUAUGAUACUAGCACCAACAUCAAUCAAUGUCACUUUCAGUGGAUGUGAAAAUACAACCAUGAUUGAUGCCACUACAGCUGUGAACCUUGAACUCUUACAGAACAUACGAGAUUCUAAGAGUGAGCACACAUUAUAUGGAGUGUUGAACUACACCAAGACGGUUGGUGGCGCCCGGUUACUGAGAGCUAACAUAUUACAGCCUCCCUGUGACCAUGGAACCAUAUCCAUGAGACACGAGGUGGUCUCUGAACUAACAGAGAAGGAAGAUGUGUUUGACAACAUUCAGACAGUGAUUGCGCGGUUUCUAGACAUUGACCAUGUCCUGUCUAUGUGUGUACAAAUCCCCAAACAAGAAACCUUGAAAACUGCUGAGGCUAACAUCAACAACAUAAUUUUCCUCAAACACAUUCUAGAGCUAGUUGACCCACUUAGGAAUGCUCUCUCUAACUGUGAAAAUCGUUUGAUGAAACACUAUUACAAGUCAUUAGAUGAUGGACGAUAUGCCCUGAUGAAAGCCAAGAUAUGUAGUGUGAUUCAUGAUGACACCAAAUAUCAGAAAGGAAUGCUGCACAUGCGCACUCAAAAGUGUUUUGCAGUGAAGGGAAGCAUCAAUGGAUUGCUAGACAUUGGAAGAGGAACAUACGCUGGUAUUAUAGAGGAUAUCAACAACUUGGCUAACCAGUUGGCAGAGGAAUACAGUUUACCAAUAGUGACUUCCUACAACUCGACGAGAGGCUUCUUCCUUCAGCUGAACUGUGGACCAAAAAGCCAGUACAGCAGGGAUAGCCUUCCUGGGAUAUUUAUCAAAGUCACUAAAGCCAAGAACACACUGUGCUUCACCACCGUAGAUCUGAUUCGUUUAAACAGCAGGGCAAGAGAGGCUUUGGAUGAAAUUUACCUGGUGACCAACAUAGUGGUGACAGAGCUUUUGGGUGACCUGAGGAACCACUUUGGCUGUCUGUAUAAACUGUCUGAAGCUGUGUCUAUGGUUGACAUGUUACAGAGCUUUGCUAAUGCCUGUACUUUGUCCAAUUAUGUGAAGCCUGAGUUUACCAAAGAUACUCUUGCCAUUAAGCAAGGAAGGCAUCCCAUCCUUGAAAGGAUUAGUGCUGACAUGCCAGUUCCCAAUAACACUUAUGCUACUGAAGACAGCAACUUCAAUAUUAUCACUGGGGCAAACAUGAGUGGCAAGAGUACCUACCUGAGGCAGGUGGUGUUAUUACAAAUUAUGGCUCAGAUUGGCUGCUUCGUUUCUGCAGAGUACGCCUCUUUCAGAAUCACAGACCAAAUUUUCUCCAGAAUUGGAAGUGAUGAUGACAUAGAAUCCAACUCUUCCACGUUCAUGUUAGAGAUGAAAGAAGUAAACUACAUCAUACAGAAUGUCGGUCAUAGAUCUCUUAUCAUCAUGGACGAAUUGGGAAGAGGGACCAGUCAAGAGGAAGGUGUAGGGAUUUGUCAUUCGGUCUGUGAAUACCUUCUCGGAUAUAAAGCAUUUGUAUUCUUUGCAACUCAUUUCAUGGAUCUUAGUCAACUGGAUAGCUUGUAUCCAAAUGUGCAAAAUUAUUGUUUCAUGAUUCAUAAAUCAUUUAAUGAGGAGGAUCAGACUGAGAAAGUGGUGUAUACCCAUGUACUUACAAAGGGGCAGAACAAGGAGGAGCACUAUGGCAUAAGACUAGCAGAAUUGUCAACACUUUCAAGGGAAGUCAUAGAAAAAGCCAAGACCUUGGCUAUUUCAAUAUCUGCAAAGAAAGGGAGACAGAAUGAAGUGGACAAGGAAAUGAAAGAAAAGAGAAUAAUAUUCAAGCUUUCAGCACGUUUAAUUCAGCUGUCUCGCAACUCCAAACUCAAUAAGGAGGACUUGAAAUCUUACUUGAAAAGUUUAAAAACACAGUAUAUGAUUGACUCAAAAUCCUUAGAAGAAUGAAUUUAGCUGUAGUAAAUUGAUCAUAUACUGGCAUUGUUCAUUAUCAUGAUAAUUAUAUAAAUACUGAAACAAG